AUGCAAGCGCAUGAAGAACUGUCCUCGGGCCCGCGGCCCCUCCCCAGACUUAUAAAGGUCGCGGCGCGGGGCCGUCGAACUCACUUGCCUGGCAGGCGGGUUGUCGGACGGACGUGGCAGCCGCGUGGCCCCUCCGGCUCUGCUCAACGCGCCCCCCCAGCCCGCGCCCAGCCCGCGCCCCGCAGACGCUCACCUCAGGAGACGAUGAUGGAGCCGCUCCGCGCCUGCCAGGUCCCCGCGCUGCUGCUCUGCCUGGGUUUCCACCUUCUACAAGCAGUGCUCAGUACAACAGUGAUUCCUUCAUGUAUCCCAGGAGAGUCCGAAGAUAACUGCACAGCUUUAGUUCAGACAGAGGACAAUCCACGUGUGGCUCAGGUGUCAAUCACAAAAUGUAGCUCUGAUAUGAAUGGCUACUGUUUGCAUGGACAGUGCAUCUACCUGGUAGACAUGAGUGAAAAUUACUGCAGGUGUGAAGUGGGUUACACCGGUGUCCGAUGCGAACACUUCUUUUUAACCGUCCAACAACCUCUGAGCAAAGAAUAUGUGGCUUUGACUGUGAUUCUUGUUAUCUUGUUCCUCGUCAUAGUCGCUGGUUCCAUGUAUUAUUUCUGCAGAUGGUAUAGAAAUCGAAAAGGCAAAGAACCAAAGAAGGAAUAUGAAAGAGUGACCUCAGGGGAGCCGACGUUGCCACAAGUCUGAAUGGUGCCAUUAAGCUUCUGAGCAGGGAUGCACUGCAUGGCUAAUUAUGUUAAUAUUCCUAUUUUAUUAAUAAUACUUAUGUGGGGUCAUGUGUUAAGUCAACAAUGAUGUAUUUUUAAUAUACUAAGAAAAGUUUUUAUUUUUGUUUUAUUUUUGACAGACUAUUUGCUAAUGUAUAAUGUAUACACAAUAUUUAAUGUAGAAAGAAAAUGGUUAUUUUUGUAAAAAAAAGUUAUUUCCUGGGCUAAAUGCUUUACUGAAAGCUUCAAAGCAUAUUUACUGUCUGCGUAAAACUCAGGAGAAGGUGAUGCCCCGUUCGUUGUUAAGAAGUAUCAGCAAAUGACAGAUUUCUGUACGCCUAGAUAUACAGUCAAAUCAAUUUAAUAAGUAUAUUUUUCUGCUCCUCAAAUCAAUGAUAAUUGUUUUGACUAUAUCAUAGUUUGAUGUAAAAGUUGGCACCACUGGGGCAUGUAUUAAAACAGUAAUGCUGUGGGAACUGGGGAGAAGCAAAUAUAGAUCGUGUGCUACAUGCUACACACUGGAAACAAACUAAACCCAGGAGGCUAUCCCCCCUCCACCUGUAUCUUUAGCUGUAACUUGCUCUUAAUCCACCUGGAGGGAAAGUGGACAGUUCUCUAUUCUAACCCACAACUCCGAAGAUGCUCGUCAACCCUGUAGCAGAUUCUCCAUAAGAAAAUGAACUGAGAACUUUAUUUUAUACCAUCUUUUAUGUAAAUAGUAUUUUAUAGCUUCACAGUUUGUUUGUUUUUUUUUUUAGUACGACAUUUAUGUGAGCUAACUGUUGCUCAUGAGAUAAAAAAAUAAUUCACACAUGAAGCCAAAAUCCGUGCUUCUGUUUAAGACUAUUUCUCCAGGGACUUUGCUGAAGAAUUCUAAGAUUAAAUCAUAGUCCAAGAUCUGACGGACUGAUAUUAUUUAAAUUAUUAUUUUAAGUGCUGUAAGACAGUAGUACUAUAUAUUGUCUAAAGUUGGAAAUACAGUUAUUUCAUUUUCUAUUCAAGAGAGUUUAAACUUAAAACAAUGCAGUAAGUAGCUUCCUCUAAAAUUUAAAAUGAUAUAUUUAAAAUUACAUCCUGAUCAGAGAAGUGGGGAAAAUAUGAAAAAUAUCCUAGUGUAUUUUUCCAAAUGAAUACAUUCAUUUGAAAACUUUUAAAAUGUGGAGGCUUAACCACACCUUCCUGUGGAGGCUGAGAUGAAACCGGGGUCCUGUUGUUUGUCUUUUACUUUUUGAAAGAGACUAAGAUUUCUCCUAUGCUCUGAGCCCAUGGUCUCAGUGAGUUCGUAAGGGUACUUGGCACAACCACAUAAGGAGGCACAUCUGUCACCACCUUCAGUCUCCUGGGAGACUGUGUUAUUGAAUGCUGGACCUUUGGGGACAAUGUUUCAGGAUCCCAUACCUGGUCAGGGACGAUCUCUUCUUUCACCUUUUUUCUUGGAAUAUGCUAGGGCAACAAAGAGGAAGUAAGUAAGUGAUGGCUGACUUCUAAAGUGCCAGGUGCCAGGAUUUGCCUCCAUACGUAUUCCUGCCUUAUAUACCCUGGUGCAUUCAUGUGACUGUCAUCCAAAGUCCUGGGUCUGGCCCUCACUGUUAGGAGAACAAACAGAUAAAACCAUCUUUUGUUGCUCUAUCAACAAUAUAUAAAACUUAAAAACAAGAUAAAGAGAAAUUGAAUAAAAUUCAGUAAGAUCUAAAAGGAUUUUUCUGUUUCUCACUAAUACAGCUUAAAUCCUGCACACACUUAUUGACAUCUACUGCAUGUAAAGGAGGUUUGCUUAUUUUGAGUAAUCUUGAUUGCUUCAAAGAAAAUUUCUUGACGAACCAAGAAGUUAACUACAAUCUAUUUAUUUUAUGACAAAAAGAGAGUCAUAUUGGUUUAUCUUAAGCAUCUCAGUUCAUACUACAUAAUUAAUGUUAAGUAGUAUUUUAGGAUGUUUUUUAAUCUUUCUUUAAGAAUGCUUAAAAAGCUAACCCCUGCAAAAGUUAAAUUUUUUCUUAUAAAUGCAUAUUGAAUGAUAAAAAGGUUUGACACAGAUCUCUUUAAUGGGUGAAAAAAAAAUCAUUGUUUUAAUGAGGAUAAUGCUGAGCAAACUUGAAAAAUGAUUGCUAUCAGCUCAUGUUUCCUACAAACAGUGGAAAAAUUUUGGCUCACAUUUAGUCUAUCUUCCUUAUUCUACAUAUUUCUCACUAUAUGUAUUUCCAGAAGGGGCCAUGAGAACAAAUGCAAACCCAAUGCAUAAAUGCAUAAUUUGUGGCUUUCGACCAAGGCCACACAGUAACCCAGUUGACGUACUCUAUAACCGGAGACAUAAAGUUCUGUGAUUGGUACAAGAUUCAACCUCGUAGUUAAAAUUUGCGUAAUAUAUUAAAUAUUAAAAAUACAAUCAAAUGCUACUGUUCUUUUGGACAUUCUUUUACUCUUAUAUUUGCCAAAGUCAAAGCAAGCGGAGAAAUGGUGCACUAGUAUGACAGAUUUUUAUUUUUGAGUCUUUGAGAAGAGAGUUAACUAAAUUCAACUGCCGUGAGAUAACAAAUCAAUCAAUUUUUAUGUAGCAAAUACAUACUAGUUUCUAAUUUCUGUUGAAUGUAAUAACAUAGUUUUUAAAAACUCCUGUCUGACCCACCUUGCCAUUUUUGCUGCAAUAUUCAUUCUGUAGACAUUUGGGGGAAAAUGUGUUUAAUUGGCUGCCCAAUAUUUCGAUAUUUUCUAAUCUUUUUCUACUCUUAUUCAUAUGGGCAAAGGGGGAAUAACAAUUUGUAUGCACAGCGUUGCUGGAAUACAGUUUAAUCUUUUAACUGAAGAAUAAAUUUAUCCAAAAUAUAUGUUAUUCAAAUUGGAUGAUACUAAAUGUAAGACAGUGAGUUUCUCUCUGCUUUUUUUGCACUCUGUAAUUGCACUUUUCAAGUCUUAAGAGCCAUUUUGGUAUACAGCUUAUAUUAAAGAUGCUAUGGAACAUAAAGUUGUAUUGUAUACAGUUUAAAGUAACUUAUUUGACAGUGAAUUUUAUGAGAGUACUGAAUUGUAUCAAUUUGUUUGUGUUCAAUAUCAGCUUUGAUAAUUGUGUACCUUAAGAUUUUGAAGGAGAAUAUAGAUACUUAUAAUAUAUUAUUAAUUUUUAUUUAUUUUUGUUGGAACCUGGAAAAAACAAUUGAAAAAUAAAAAUGCAUUAAACACCUUGCAUUAAAAAUGUCACUGAUAAA